UCUCACUUAAGCGGUAACCUGUCACUGCUCCUAUACAGGGUUUUAUUUCUUGUUACCAGGCAGCAGCUUUGGCUCUCAAGAGGGGCAGCAGGAGGGGCAACGCUGUUCGACCACAGAUGGCCCGGAAUAUGUCUUUCCAACCACCGACCAUGAUCCCUCCGAGGACCAGCUCAACGGGGGUGGCCAAUGACGCCUCUGCAGCAAGGCACAGCACGAGGUCUACUAUCCCCGAAGGCGAUAGGCUGCAUACCAACACUGAGAUGGGCGCUCGACACGUGCGGAACCGAUCCAGUGUAGACGGAACAAAGUACAGGGAUGGGACCUGGUCCCGCAAAAAUGAAAAGAUUUUAAUGGGACCUUACGAUUACCUCUCACAACACCCGGGCAAGGAUGUUCGGAGGCAGCUCAUCCAGGCGUUCAAUGCUUGGUUGCAAGUGCCUCCAGAAAGCUUGGAGAUUAUCAACAAAGUGGUGGGGAUGCUACACACGGCGUCGUUACUGAUUGACGACGUGGAAGAUUCAUCGAUUCUCCGACGCGGGAUACCGGUUGCACAAAACAUAUUCGGAACCGCGCAAACCAUCAACUCGGCGAACUACGUCUACUUCCUCGCUUUGCAAGAAGUACAGAAACUGAACAACCCCGAAGCGAUUGAUAUCUACGUCAAAGAACUCCUCAACCUGCACCGCGGGCAGGGGAUGGACCUCUUCUGGCGCGACACGCUCACGUGCCCCUCCGAAGACGAAUAUCUGGAGAUGGUCGGCAACAAGACUGGCGGACUGUUCCGCCUGGCGGUGAAGCUGAUGCAAGCAGAGAGUACGGGGGACAAGGACUGCGUUGCCCUGGUUAACGUGAUGGGCCUGAUCUUCCAAAUCUGCGACGACUACCUCAACCUGUGGAACCCAACGUACACGAAAAACAAAGGCCUAUGCGAGGAUCUAACCGAGGGCAAGUUCUCGUUCCCGAUCAUCCACAGCAUCCGCUCCGACCCGAGCAACCUGCAACUGAUCAAUAUCCUCAAGCAAAAGACACAGGACGAGGAGGUCAAGCUCUACGCGGUGAAAUACAUGCAGAGCACGGGCAGCUUUGCGUACACGCGACGCGUCGUGCGCGAGCUCCGCGACAAGGCAGAAUCCCUCAUCGAUGAGAUCGGAGGCAAGCAGGCUGGGAAACAGCGCGAAGGCCACGGCGAGGCCGACAUGGUGCGAACAAUCCUCUACAAGAUUGUCGACUCGACCCUGAACCAUGACGAAAAAGACGACCCGCGCUAGACGAUUUCCUAUAAAUUGGAUAAUGGGGCAUUUCGGUCAAACUAGGGGAUUGCUUCACACGUAGGGUAUAACAUGGUAG